AUGCUGAAAAAGUUGCAGGCGCGAGAUCCACCGCUUGAUAUUGAUAAGUACUUCGACACCCCUCCAAUCACAGUCACAGACAUAACCGACCAGAACUGGCUCUGUAAUUGGUGGAAGAUGCACAAGGACGAGUAUCCGCGGAUGGCAGCAGCAGCCACGGACUAUCUAGCGAUUCCUGCUUCCGAAGUUGGUGUUGAGAGAGUGCACAGCGAGGGAUGUGCUAGGCAUCCGGAGAUAUUCUUUGAAAGGGGAUACUUCAAGAAUGCUGAUGUUGUUUCGCGAUGGGUAUAA